UUACAGAAACUCGACGUAGCGAAUCUUGAGCUUGAGAAGCAGCAGCUUCAGAUUCUGGCUGCUCUUGAUACACUGAAGGAAAAGCAAGAAAGGGUCUUGCAGGAACUGGACAAGCAGACUUCUGAGCAUGCUAUUAUGGCAAGUGCAUCUUCAUUAGUGCCACCUGAAUGGUUUGGGGAACCUGAACUUGAAACUGUGGAAGAGAAAGAUGAAUUAAAUGUUGCAGUGGAGGUUCAAAAUGAGGAUACAUUGCCAACUGAGGAAGAAUCCAAACAUGCAGAAGAACCCAUAGAAGAAGCUGAGGAGAAAUCCUGAAAAAUUAACUGGUCCAACUCAACUCUGACUUGGGACUAAACUGAGAUGGGACUAAACUGUUCAUCAUCUGAUUUACUAUUAAAUUUAUACAUUCUCAUUCA